AUGGCGACACAACCGGAUGAGCUAUCGAGGUCAAUCGCUUCUGCGGUCUCUAGAGCCGUAGAAAGGGCGGUUGACGAAGCUUUGGCAUCUCUUCCGAGCCUUCCUGGCAAUUCAGGUUUUGCUCCUGCGACACAAGAGGUAUGUAACAUUGAUGUAUCACUGCUAAAGCAUCCCAGUCGCUGCCGGGGUGAUGACCUGUGUGUCGAUGUGAUUAACAAAAACAUCAUUAUUGAUGUCUUCCAAGCGCCUCAUCUAUUUCUUACAUGUUGCACUGCAUCAUUAGUUAAGGGGAUUGCAUGUUAAGCGGAAAGCUAUGACUAUAUUUACGAGGGAAAGAGGACUUUUGGACCUUUCGCUUGUCUGGCGCAUUGCGUGACACAUGCGGCUCAUGGUUAAUACUAUGUUAGUUAAAUUAGAUGUGUUUGCUUCCUUUUUUUAUGUCCUUUUGGUAGCCAUACUAAAAUAACAUACAGUGCAUGAUUGUUUUUAUUUCACAAAGUAAGGCGAGAAACUGAUUUACCUGUCCGACUGGUGGAAAAAUUUACAUGGUAGAAAAAUUAAUUGAAUGAAUUUGAUAAUUCAUCUGUCAUUCAGCAAGAAGAAGCAGUAAGAACCUCGCAAGAUGUGGAAAAUGACGUGGACCAAAUGCCAAGGUAAGUGUGUAUUUCAAAUUUAAUGUUAGUGUUCCUUGAUCCUAAUAAGCCUUUCUUGUAUGUCUCUAAACUUGAAUGUAGUCUAACAUUCUCUAAAAAAACAGUUGCUUCAAUCAAAGGCCCUUUGUACAAGCAGGUAGGGUAAUCAUAGUUCUAGGAUUUCCCCCGCAAGAGGGUAAAAGAUAGCCCGCGUUUACAAGCAAUCUUUCAGAUAUCUGGCUCGUUACGCUUCAGUUAACCUGGUAAAUAAAACACGCAAUCCGUAAUGAUUUUAUUGCCAGAACUUAUUUUCACCUAAAUUACGUAGUUUUGGUUCCACUCAAAUCAUUUCAUUUUCUAAGCUCACUUAGAAUUCCAGACACACAACCUAGUUAUUUUGUUUUAGUUUUGCAUGAAUUUGACGGCAAAACUAUAAACACUUCCCCGACAAAAUUAUUGCGAAAAUUUUGUCCCAAAUUAAAAACCUGUUAUUUGAAUUUUUUUCUAUCCAAAGCAAAACUAAAACAAACUGUUCACUUAUACGAUGUUUCUAAAGUCACAAUUCCUUUGUUUUACCGGUAUUUCUAGCGCUCACCUAAGGCUACCCUAGCGCAAGGGUAACCCUACCUACCUUGUAAACACGUCUGUCACAAAAAAGAAGCGUGGGAGUGCUAGGGUAACCCUCUUGCUAGGGUAACCCUAGCACUAGGGUUAGCCCUACCUCUUGUGAACAGGGCCUAAGGGAGGGACCCUUAAAAAUCGUUGACUAGCACAUGAACUGUUCGCCUUGCAAGUUGUAAAAAAAUCGACAUUUCUUUGGUGUCAGAUCUCCUUUCUUGCCCUUCCCUUUCCCACCCCACCCUCGUCAUAUGUAUCCUGUACCCGUCUUAGGCCAGAAAUGGUCGGCCGAGGAGUACUUGAGGUAUACAUCAAUGGGGGUUCUACUGACAUUACGUUAACUUCUUGCAGAUCCAAAGGGAGGCCAAGAACAGCCAUCGGCAAAGAGCAGUUGGAAGCAUUCUUAAAAUUAAAAAUUCCUCUAUCAGACAUUGCCAGUGCUUUACAUGUCUCUAGACCUACCGUAUAUAAAGCUAUCCGCGAUUACAACAUUAACUACAAGCGGUUUUCAGAUGCCAGUGAGGCUGAGAUUCGUCAAGCAGUCGAAGUCAUUUCGAGAAGCCAUCCGAAUGCUGGAGAAUCGAUGGUUAUGGGUCAUCUGAGGGCUCGCGGUUUCCACGUUCAAAGAUCAAGAGUUAGGAGUGCUAUACACCACAACAACCCAAACGGUCCCAUGUCACGUUUUCAUCCUCCUAUAAGAAGACGCGUUUACUCGGUGCCAUGCCCGAAUUAUGUGUGGCACAUCGACGGAAACCACAAGCUGGUACGAUGGCGAAUGGUGUUGCAUCAUGCCGUUGACGGAUAUAGCCGGCUCGUAGUUUUUGGUGCCUGCUCCACGAACAACAGAGCAAGCACUGUGCUUCAAUUGUAUCAUCAGGCUGUGCGAAAGUAUGGACGUCCCUUUCGUGUGAGAACGGACCACGGCGGAGAAAAUGUGGACGUAUGGCGUGAUAUGAUUCAAGCCUGGGGAGAAGAGGCAAGGUCUGUGAUAGUAGGAAGCUCGGUUCACAACCAGCGCGUUGAACGCCACAACCGAGCUGCCAAUGAGCAAGAAUUGUCUGUUUUUAGAGAAGAGUUCUAUCAACUAGAAAGUGAGGGGCUUCUCGAUCCGCUUAAUGAAACGGACCUUUUUUGUUUGCAUUACGUAUAUCUUCCAAGGAUAAACAGGAGUAUCAGCGAAUUCAUCGCAGCACAUAACAACCACGCCGUUUCCACAGAAAACAAUCAAACUCCUGCUCAGAUGUUUUAUCUUAACCUACCCCUCACCGCGUUCCAUGGGGGAUUUCCCGAGGACAUCACAUGGCGAGGAGUCAGUGUUAAUGAUUUGAUGUCCCCAGAUUUACCUCAUGUCCAAGUUCCCGAGACACGAAAUCCUUUAACUGAGGCGGAUACAGUGGUUCUGCGGAAUACUAUAGAUCCACUGUCCACCAUUAAUGGGAAAGAAUUGUACAUUCAAACACUGCGUUUCGUCGGGAUACGCCUACAACAGAAUUGA